AUGUCUGAGUCCGUCGAGUCAUCUAAGUCUUUCGAACGCGCGAAGACAUUUCCGUUGCUGCAGCAAACGCACGAAUUUCUUACUCAGCUUCCAGCUUGCCGGGUUCUUGAAGCAAACGCGAAACCCAUCCUCAGCUCAAUAGCGAGUUCCAAACCUGCAAAAUGGAUGUUGCCUGCCGCAAAAAUGGCAGACAACAUAGCAGACAAGGGACUGGAGCUUGCCGAGAGCUGGGCACCAAGCUUGAAAACAAAAACCUAUCAAGACCUGCGUCACGACGCUCUGGUGCCCUUCAAUUACUCCAAAGAAACAGUCGGCAAAGCCGCAAAUGCCACGCUGGGUGCUGCUGACACCUAUGUCUACGAGCCGGCACACGCUCACAUGUCCGCAUUCAGGCAGUUUUACAACGAGAAAGUCUACGACACAAAUGGCAGGCCUCUAGUCAGAGGCUCCAUAGACCCAUUGGUGGGGCCUUGUAACCAGAGACUCGAGGCUGUGACAAAGGCGUACUUUCCCGAUGGCGAGGAGGUGCCUUCCAAUGGCUACAGUACCGAAGUCUCACGCACUCUAGCACUGAGUGUCAACUUUGUCCAGCGCAUGGCGCCUUGGGCCAACAGAAAGGUCACUGACUUAGCAUUGGCUCCCUACAACUACGCCUCGCACGUGAACGCUGUUUUCAACGGCAACCUCGACAAGCAGGAAAGCCUAUCGUUGGCUAAUUCGUGGACUGCAACACGCGAAGCCCUAUGCACCUUAAAUGAGGAAGCUUUGCAGUACGUUAAACCAAAAGGAAAAAACUCAAACAUUGUUGCCCAGUAA